GUGUUUCCGGGUGUUUCCACGCUUCACUCCCUGUACUGCGGAACCUGGGCCCAACGGAGCGCCGGAGAGGACCCUUUAAUCUAGAGCAGAAAUGAAUAAAAACAGCUGGCAGAAUAGGAGACGCAGGAGAAGGAGCCACCAGCAGAACCCUUGGAUCAGACAACACAGUUCUGAGAGGCAAGCGCUACUGCCCAAAGCCAUCCUAGCAUUUUUCCAGCACCCUCACGUGCGGAUGAAUCACUGGGAAUCUCGUCAAAAUGCAGGGUCUGAGGUGGGGCCUGAGGAGAGUCUGCAGACCUAACAGGUUCCCAGGAGAUGUCGCUGUUGGAGGACCCCACAGUCAGAGAAUGACUGGGACUCAAGCCCUUCACUGCACGUACCAUGACUGUGUGUCAGCAGGUGUAACGCAGGGAUAUGGCAAAGCCUCCAGGAUUCUGGCCCUGGCGGUGAUGAGGCCCCAUCGACCUCAUCCAGUACAGAUGGGAGUUCUUCUGCACCAGAUCUCCCAGGAUAUUACUUUGAUCCUGAAAAGCAGCGCUACUUCCGCUUGCUCCCUGGACAUAACAACUGCAACCCCCUCACAAAGGAGAGUAUCCGGCACAAGGAGAUGGAGAGCAAAAGGCUACAGCUGCUGGAGGAAGACAGGCAGAAAAAGAAAACAGCCAGAGUGGGAUUUAAUACAUCUUUCUUGCUACAAAAAAGCAAGCUGGGUUUUCUCAAUGUCACCAGUUAUUGCCGUUUAGCCCAUGAGCUGCGAGUGAGCUGCAUGCAAAGGAAAAAGGUCCAAAUUCAGAGCUCGGAUCCCUCUUCUUUGGCAAGCGACCGAUAUAACCUUAUACUGGCAGAUACCAACAGCGACCGGCUCUUCACAGUGAACGAUGUCAAAGGUGGAGGCUCCAAGUACGGCAUCAUCAACUUGUGUGAUCUGAAGAUGCCCUCGCUCAAAGUGUAUAUGCAUGAAAACCUCUACUUUACCAACCAGAAGGUGAACUCUGUGUGCUGGGCCUCAGUGAAUCACCUGGAUUCCCACAUUCUGCUGUGCCUCAUGGGAAUUGCAGAAACUCUAGGCUGUGCCACCCUGCUCCCAGCAUCGCUGUUCAUCAGUAGCCACCCAGCAGGAGACCAGCCUGGCAUGCUGUGCAGUUUCCGGAUCCCUGGGGCCUGGUCCUGUGCUUGGUCUCUGAACAUCCACGCGAGUAAUUGUUUUAGUACAGGCUUGUCUCGGCGGGUUCUGGUGACCAACAUGGUGACGGGACACCAGCAGUCAUUUGGGACCAGCAGUGAUGUCCUGGCCCAGAAGUUUGCUGUCCUGUCUCCUUUGCUGUUUAACGGCUGUCGUUCCGGGGAGAUCUUUGCCAUUGAUCUGCGCUGUCGAAAUCAGGGCAAGGGCUGGAAGACCACCCACCUGUUCCAUGACUCAGCAGUGACCUCUGUGCAGAUCCUCCAAGAAGAGCAGAACCUGAUGGCGUCUGACAUGGCGGGGACGAUCAAGCUGUGGGACCUGCGGACCAGUAAGUGUAUAAGGCAGUAUGAAGGCCACGUGAACGAGUAUGCCCACCUGCCCCUACACGUGCACGAGGAAGAAGGAAUCAUGGUGGCAGUGGGCCAGGACUGCUACACGAGAAUCUGGAGCCUCCGUGAUGCCCAGCUGCUGAGAACCAUCCCCUCCCCGCACCCCACCUCCAAGGCCAACAUUCCCAGCGUGGCCUUCUCUUCUCAGCUCGGAGGCUUCCGGGGAGCACCAGGGUUGCUCAUGGCUGUUCAGCAGGACCUUUAUUGUUUCUCAUACAGUUAAUUCUGCAGGGUGCAGCCUGGAUGGAUGUGGAUUUGACUUAAGAGAGUGAAGAGUAGCCAUACUUCUACCACAAUGGCUGUUGCCAGUGAGGGCAUUUUAAAUGGAUGCUUGGUGUAUAUGGGGUCUCUUUUAGCCAGGUACUGGGGAGAUAGUGCUAUGUUUUAUGUGGAGACACUUCAGUAAAGUUAUUUUGGUUAAGUAGUGGACUCAGCUUAAAAGUCCUUUUCAUAAAAGGUACCUAUUUCCUUUUCUUGUUGAAUUCCUUCGAAUAAUCCCUUCCCCCUAACCUUUCUUUUUUAAACAAAAAACUUUGUAUAAGGGCUGAAGUUUGGCAAUAAGUAAAGUGGCUUUCAGCAAAAGCCCUUUUGAGAAGCCUAAUGAUUUGACUGGAUGAGCAUGUUGAUAGCCAGUGCCUGGGUCCCAGAAAGACAGGUGUUUAUUCUUGAGGAAGCCAGCGGGAGAAGAGCAAAGGGGCAGUUCUUUCUGAGUCUAGAGAGAAAGACUUAAGGCUGGAGUUUGGAAUCAUUAAAUCAGCCUUCUCAAACUAUCAGAAACAGAUCUCUAGGGUUCUCCUUUUAUUAUCAUUCAUAGGCAUUGGAAGACGUACCUUUGUAAAUGCUAGAGGUUUUAAACAGGACCUCGCAUGCCUCUGUUGAGACACCUCCUGAAUGUUAGGUACAGCAGCUCCUGUUUCUAUCAUGGUGACUUAAACGUCAGAUUCAAGGGCCCCAUCGCAAAGAAAACUGGCUUUGAGUUUUUGUAAUCUAGGAGAAGCAAUCUGUGAGAUGUUCAUACAAAGUGUUAAAGAGCCUGUCUUCCUACUAAACAAUAAGCCAGAAGGAAGCAUGGCAUGGUGUGUUGCUUUUCAGUGAUUUAGAAGGUCAUGCUGCUUGGCUACUGAAGCAACCAGCUGCAGUAAUGUCUAUUCAGAGCUGCGUCUGCCCCUCCAGGUCUGCUCUGGGCCCUCCUCUACCUGUCGUGCAGGACCCGAUAUGCUGACCUCCAGACGGUGUCAGUGGGCUCAGCCAAUGGGAAGUACCAGCAGAAAGCAGAUGGCAGGGCAUUAACAUGGGAUUGUUGGUUCUCUGGCUCCUUUCCUGCUGGGUGUUGGGGGGUUUUGGCUGUGUCUUUCCCCCACCCAAGGCCACAGCUUCUUUUGGGUUCCAGUAACUUCUCUCCCUUUGUUCCUUCAGACCUACAGUUGGGAAAUGCCACCUCACCAUUGCUAACCCAGGAUGCUUCACCAGUUAAACUCUCUUCAGUUACCACCUUGCACAUCACAUGUUUCUUGCCAGAACCCUAACACAACUUAAUGUGUAGAGAACCAAAUCCAAAAAGAGAGUAUCAGAAUAACAAAUAUUCUAUUUAAGUUUCUAACAAAUAUUCUAUUUAAGUUUCAUAUUUUAUGAAGAACUUCCCCCAUCUUAUCUGAUUUUAUAACAACCACAAAGGAUAGUAGUAAUAAUAUAAAAGUUAUUAGCAUGAUUUUACAGGUAGAGAAGCCUUGGCACAAAGUCAUUGACUGACUUGCCUCAGAUCACAGACCUUAACCUAAGUGGAGAGCUGGGACUUGGAACCAGAAGACUUGAGAUCACAUUCUCUACUUGUUCAUGCCCCUCCAAGCCACUGACAAUACUUAACAUGUAUCACACCCAGGAAGGACUAUGGAGAAAUCAGGAAGUGGCUCCAUGCAAGUGUAAAUACGCAGUACUAACAUUUCAUAUUUAAUCACCAGGUAAAUGGAUUUCUCUGGCAUUCACUGGUGGGUAGGGAGCUUGCUUAUUACCAAAAUUCUUGUGUUUAAUCAUUUGGAUUUUGUCCCUGUCUCUGCCACCACAGCAUACUGAUUGCACAUAGGUCCCAGAAAGUAUCUAUAUUAUUGAAGGGUCCAAGUAGCCACUGUCACUACAGGGUCAUUAGGAUUAACUUUGAGGACGUGCUCCUGCCCAGGAGCACACAGGCAUGCCUGGUGAGCCAUGUGACCUAACAUCUACCCAUACUUCCAUCUCUUUGGGUUCUGAGUCACCACCAUACACAAGUUCAUUCCUUAUAGGAGCUGCAAUUUAGAAUCACUGGUAUUGCACACUGAAUGCAGAGCUUUCCCACAGUUCUGUACUGACCAUUUCAGUGGAGCUGAGCACCCAUGGGUGACUAUUCAGUCCAACUCUCUUGUCUCCCCAAACAGUGGAGACAGUCUGACUACUUAAGAGAAUACCAGGUGAGUGCUGACAUGGUGUGGGCCCUAUCCCCACAUACCUUCUUAACUUCUCAUUUGAAGUGUGCCAUACCACAAGUUCCUUGUUACGCAAAUAAUACUUACCAAAAAAAUCAUUUAAAUCUUAGGCUUUUAAGGGGGGAGGAGGGGAGUCUUCAAACACUAAAUUAAACUUAGCAAUUUGUUCUUGGUCUGUGGUUAGCAGUCACGGUACCUACAUUUGGUCUAGUUUGUAUGAAAAAUGGUUAAACUUCGCUGAGAAGUUGAUUAAGCAUUUUGGUCUGUUUGCUUAUUAACACAGUAUCCCAAACAUCAGUGCAUCACACAGUCUCAAAGAAAGCCUUUUUCACUUACAGGCCUCAGCACUUGACCCUGCACCCCAGGUGACAGUAGAAGGUAUAGAAUGAGCAGGCAAUGUUGGCAGCAGCCCUGAGCCGUGAUAAAUACUUUGCGAAGUGGCCCCGUGUUUGCUUAUUGCCUUCUAAACAGAGAGGAAAGAAUAGCACACACUGGUUACCAAAAAUGCCCACAGAUAAACGCCUGCCUCACAUUCCAUCUUGCUGUGCAGCCACCCUAGAAUUCAGCUGACCCAGUGUACUCUGGAGGGCACUGACAGCCUCUAAUGCUCCAGGAGGUGUCCUUUGAGACCAGAUUAGCCCCCACUUGCUGUCAGCCCUAGAUCUGUCCCAGUCUAAAUCUUUCCCGUAACCAUCUCCGAAAACAGCUGCAGGCUAAACUCAAGACUCUUCUUCCAUUGCUCUGUGUAUGUUGCUGAAAACCUGUGGGCCUACUGGCAGAGUGGUCUGCCACUUCAGACCACCCACUAGGUGGCCACAGCCACAGAAUGAUCUUCCUAGAAGAUUCUUGCACUCACUGGCUUUUUGUGCCUCAAAAUAAAAUGUGGCCUUUUGAUAUUUGAUCACAUGUGUCCCAUCUCCACCCCCACCUGGUGCUCUCAGGACAAAUGUUUCAAGUUCCUCCCCAUCUGGGCCGCCUCUGCUCAAGCCAUCCUCUACUCCUUUUCAUCUAUAAAAAUAUAAGUGUUAAGUCUCAGCUUCAGAGAAACCUCCAGGAAGCCUCAACACUCACCAACAGUAGACACUGUUAAAUGAACAAUUUUUGCCUGCAUUAUUCCCUUCCAAUUCUUAGAACCCUCUGAAGUAGUUGAUGGUCACUCCAAUAUACUGAAAAAACUGAAAAGAAAAUGAUUUGCCCGAGGUCGUCUGCUAAGUGGUUGGGCCAGCAGGGUCUCUUGCUCCAAGAAUAUUUUAGGCCCCUUGUGUUUGAAGGAAUGGAAUUUAAUUUUCCUCUGUCAGUCUAAGAUCUCGUCGUCUUGACAGUUUUCCCUCUUUCCUCGGGACCAGCUGCCUGUCUCCUACAGAUGCCUUGUGGGCUGGUUGUCCUAUCUUUGCUAGAAUGUCCCUACUUGCUCCUACCACCCACCCUCUUCUACUCAAGCUUCACUUGAAUAAAAGCUGUUAGGAGAGGAAAAAGGACUUUCUCUGCAGAGGCCAGAAUCAGCAAAAGCACAUAAAUAGAAAUGCUGCCAAUAGCUCAGAGCAGCAAGAACAGGUAACAUGGCAACCCAUUUAGGCUGUUGGAGUUGCACUAUCUUCCAGACAGUAAUGGUAACUGUCUAGGGAUAGAGCCAGAGCCUUAGAGAAAUUCAGGCUAGAGUUAAGGAUUUCAGUUUCAUCAGUGUAAAGAGGCAGUUGAAAUCAUGGCAGCAGAUGAAAUAACACAGUAUUAGGAUCAUAUAUGGGUGGAUUCCACUGAAGUCCACCAGACACAGAAGAACAGGCUGUGGUCUACAAAUGGCCUUUUCAAAGAUGGCUCUGUUCAUGUGAGCAUAUCCCUGAAUUACAGAUCCUCCAGCCCCUAAACUCCCAUAUGGAUGUUAGUGCUGAGAGUUUUCUAGUUACAAAGGAAGAAAAAAUUACACUGGUGUAAUUUAAACAGAAGGUAGGACACAGAUUUUAUACGGUAACAUGAACUCCAUUAGUGCUAAGAGUUAAUGGGCUACCAUUGUAGGUUCAAUUGUCUCUUCCUGAUGGAUGGAAGUUAUGAAAUUGAAAAUGCAAUCAUGGUUGCAAAAUUACCAUUUUUUCAACAACUGGAGGCUUAGUUCCAAUGUUACAGGCUACACCAAUCCACAGUCUCUAAACCAGUUCAUGUUUUUAGUGAAAGAAGCAUUACUGUCCUUUACCAUGAGAGCCUCUGAGGACAGUGGAAAUGAUCAAUAUAUAGCUAAACCCUCCUGAUAUAACAGUAGCAGGUAUCUUGAUUUUUUUUUUUAAGUUUCCUCUUAAGGAAAAGAUACCUUAUCCGACCGCAAAAGAACCCUCAAUGUAAGAAGGGGAAAGUAAAUUUAAGGGAAGCUCUACACAGCAAUGUGAAUGGCAGGUGGUACACAGCAGAAUGCAGACUGAUCACUGGCAUCAUCAGGCCUGCCUGACUCAAACCCUAGCUUUGAGUCUUGUUUACCAGGCAACCUGGGCUUCUGAGCCUCUCCAAGCCAGUGUCUUCAGCUAUAAAACAUGAACAUACUAUCUACUUUCCAGUGCAGUUGUGAGACUUAAUUGUCAACCAUAUAAAGCUCCUAGCACAAUGCCUGGUAUAUAUCAGGUGCCUAAAUAUCAAUU